AGAUGAGGCCAGUGACCUAGAAAUGGUGGCAAAGCAAUAAGAUAGAGGGAGCUUGGACAACCUCAGGGAAAAGAGCCUCCAUACAAGUGUUGGUCCACCUAUCUGUGUCAAGGAGAAAUAAGCCUCUAUCUUGGCCACUGUUAAUUUGGGUCUCUUACAUGUAUCUGAACCAUAAUGUUAACUGAUCUAUCAAUUUUAAAAAUAAUAGGCUAUAGCAGCAAUGACACAAAAUGAAAUUACCACCAGUAGAAAAUAACGUGGCCCCUGAAGAAAUUAAGGUGCUUAAAGUUGCUGGAUGGACAAUAUGAGAAAGAUAAUGUAGCCAUGCAUUUAUACAGAAGGCUAGGCCAUAAGUAAUAAGGAAAUCACUUAAGUGAACUGUAAUAUUUCCCAUCUGGAAACCACAUCUCCAACUCUUACUGUAUGACAUUAUUAUUUUCAUUGCAUAACCUGUUCUUCUCCCAGGUGAACAGCUGUGAGUUUGCUAAAGGCUGCAAGUGCUGUUGGUUUCACAUCACUUUCUAAAAACUACCCAUUUAUGUGAAAUGGAAAUAAAACAAACAGAAAUUCCCUUGGAUCGGAGAUUAGGAUUUCCCCCAGCACAAUCAAUUUGUGGUUGGUUUAGCUUGAUCUAAGGACAACAUCCAAUCAGAGUUUAGGAGGAAAAUUGAUCUCCUAAAUAAAUAUGGUUCCACAGAGCAUGUUCUCAAAAGAAUUCCUCAGGUUCAAAAUAUAUAGCAGUGACUUGGUAGAACUCCAUUCCCUGACUAUGAAGAAAACCGGUAUUCCUUUCCUCUUGGGCCUCAUCUUCCUGGUUCUGUUUGGAGUUCAAGGAGCCCCAAUAAUGAGGAAUGACCGUUGUUCCUGCAUCAGUACUAGGCAGGGGAAAAUCCACCCUAAAGCCUUAAAAGACAUUAAACAAUUUGCCCCAAGCCCUUCCUGUGGGAAAACUGAAAUCAUUGCUACAAUGAAGAAUGGGAAUGAAGAAUGUCUAAACCCAGAUUCAGGUUAUGUGAAAAAAGUGGUGAAGAUGUGGAAAGAAAAGGUCAGCCAAAAGAAAAAGCAAAAGAAAGGGGGAAAACAAAAAAUGAAGACAUUUUUAAAAGCUAAAAGACCCCAACGUCCUCAUCAAAAGAAGACUACAUAAGAGACCACUUUACCAUCAAGUACUUUAUGUUAAAUUUUUUUAAUUAUACUGAAAUAAUUCCAAGAAUGGAUGACCUCUAAUAAAUCAGCUUGUUAGUUUGAA